GAGAAGGGCGCAUUGGCACCUCCCUCCCGAGCGGGAAGGUCACGUACUGUCCCUGUGGCAGCCUUCUCAAGGAGCGUGGUGCGGCCGGCUGCUCCCGGCGGCUCUCUUCAUAGCGGGGACCAUGUUCAGAAAAUUUGAUGAAAAGGAGAGCGUAUCCAACUGUAUCCAGCUGAAAACCUCAGUUAUUAAGGGCAUUAAGAACCAACUGAUAGAUCACUUUCCAGGGAUUGAGCCAUGGCUCAAUCAAAUUAUGCCAAAGAAAGACCCAGUCAAAAUUGUCCGAUGCCAUGAACAUAUUGACAUUCUCACUGUAAAUGGAGAAUUACUGUUUUUCAGGCAAAGAGAAGGAAAUUUUUAUCCAACACUCAGAUUACUUCAUAAAUAUCCUUUUAUUCUUCCACACCAGCAAGUUGAUAAAGGAGCCAUAAGAUAUGUACUCAGUGGAGCAAACAUUAUGUGCCCAGGCUUGACCUCUCUGGGAGCCAAGCUUUGCCCUGCUGCAUCUGACACUAUUGUUGCAGUAAUGGCAGAGGGAAAACAGCAUGCACUUUCUGUUGGGGUCAUGAAGAUGUCUGCCGAAGAUAUCGUGAGAGUCAACAAAGGAACUGGUAUUGAAAAUAUCCAUUAUUUAAAUGACGGCCUUUGGCACAUGAAGUCUUAUAUGUGAGCUUCCAAAGAAAAGCACCUCACCUCAACUUCAACUGUUUUGUCAUUCUGUUUUUACCUGUUAAUGAAUUAAAAAUCUUUUGUUAUGUGUUUAACAAA